AUGAUGAAGAAGCAAGGACUACGUGGACCCGAGGCGGUUGUGGCUGUACUUGGCUUGCUGUUCCAGGCAGUGUCUAACAGUGGAGCGUUUUCGUUGGUAUCCCAUCGGUAUCAGCAUCAUCAUCAUCAGAGGAGUAGUAGUACCAGUUUGGAAAAUGAAUUUCAAUUAUCGGCCACAGUUGCAGCUGCAUCAGAAUUGGAAGCUGCAGCAGUUGCCCCAGGCAAGCAAUCAUGGUUUCCUUCUCGUAUUCAAGAAUCUCUGGAUUAUUCUGAGCUGGUGCAGAGUCUCUACUUGCGGCAUAUUGUAACGGAAACCAAGGAAAUGGCGGAUCUUGCUUUGAAGCAGUACUUGAACACUCUGGAUUCCUCUGAUCCGUUUGGCCAGGUGGCAUCGAUACUGAGUGCCUGUGCUGCGUCCAGAGACGAACAAGGCAAAAUUGGAUGGGUGGAUAAUUUUCUGCAACAAGACGUCACUCUGCUUCCUUCCGACGUGGUCCAAAAGUUAUACUUGUUGGAACCCAAAGCAGGCGAUGUUCAUAUUCUACAAUCCACUCAAACCAAACAGUUCCACGUCGUCUUGGUGGAAGAAUUGCUAGUACGACAUGCCGCACAAACAACCACACUAUCCAACACAAACGAACCAAAACCCGUGGGAGCCUUUUCGGGACGCAAUGCCGUAUUGCCACGCCGAAAAUUGCCCGGAAAGGGGGUCGUUCCCACCCUGCCUUCCAAUUGGGCGCACAAAAAGUACCGAAUCGAAACAUCCGGGUGUCAAAUGAAUGUCGCCGACAGUGAACGAUUGGCCGGAGUCCUGGAGCAUGACUUGCAAAUGGAUUCCACUGACGCGUCGCAAGACGCCGACGUCAUUGUCAUUAAUACGUGCAGCAUUCGGGAUCAUGCCGAACAAAAACUAUACGACAAAUUGGGACCCUAUGCGGCACAAAAACGAAAUGGACGACAAUUGGCAUUGAUUGUUACGGGGUGUGUGGCACAGCAAGAAGGAGAGAAACUCUUGAAACGAGUGCCCGAACUCGAUUGUGUGCUGGGACCACAGUACGUACCCUUUUUGCCGAAUGUGCUUGAGAGUGUCGAAUGGGGGCGUCAAGUGGUUGCCACAGCACCCAUGCUGCAUCAAGAAGCUGCCACCAGUAGUAGUGCACAACAACAACAACCAACAGAUGUCUUUGCCAAGCCAGUCAGAGGACAUUCUGUGCGAGCCUGGGUCAAUGUAAUUAACGGAUGCAAUGAACACUGCACUUACUGUGUUGUUCCGGCGACAAGAGGCACAGAACAAAGUCGGACCAUGGAACACAUUCUUCAAGAAUGUCUGGAUCUAGCCGCCAAUGGAUACAAAGAAGUUACAUUGCUGGGGCAGAACAUUGAUGCCUACGGACGAGAUAUGGUGCCCAAACGAACCUUUGCCGAAUUGCUCGAGUUUCUCAAUCACAAUUUACCACCCAAGUUUCGAGUUCGAUACGUUACGUCACAUCCAAGAUACUUUUCCAAUCGGGUCAUUGAUGCCGUGGCCAAUCUAGAUAAGGUAUGUGAAUGCUUUCACAUGCCAUUUCAAGCCGGAGAUGAUCAAGUAUUGAAACGAAUGAGACGAGGAUACACCUUUCAGAGUUACAUGAAAAUUAUUGAUCGGAUUCGAGACAAGGCGCCGGAUGCGUCCAUUUCUGCCGAUGUCAUUGUGGGAUUUCCCGGUGAAACGGACGAAGCUUUUGAAAAGACGUUGGCAAUCAUGGAACGCGUCAAAUUUGACAAUCUCAAUUCCUUUGCCUAUUCUCCACGGCCCAACACGGAAGCAGCACUGUGGACCGACCAACAGGUUCCCGAACAUGUCAAGGCAGCACGACUGCAACGAGUACAAGCGUUGGCGACCCAGCAUGGUUUGGAACGCAGUCAACGAUAUGUGGGGCGAACAGAAGAAAUCCUGGUGGAAGAUGUCAAUCCACGGAAUCCCAAACAAGUCAUGGGACGAACUCGACAAGGCAGACAGGUAUACUUUGACGGUGAGAUUGAAUCCCAACGAGGAGAACUGGUCCAAGUGCUCAUCACAGAAGCACGAACAUGGAGUCUCAUCGGUGAACUUGUAGAUAGUAUGCAUAGCCCAUAG